GGUGACAGUACAAAAUUGAAUGUAGUUUAUGGCCUAUGAAAGUAAUUGAUGGCAGUAUGAAAGAUAAGUUUUGGCCUUAAGAAAUGUAGUAAUUUUGAUAUAAAGAUAUGCACAUAGUUACAUAAUGAUAGAAUUUAUUCAAAUACUCUUUUUAACUAACUAAAAAAAAUUAUAAUUUGUUAUUGUUUUUCUACUCUUAGAAGGUUUAAAGAAUUAUUUAUAUUGCUCGAUAAUUUGUGAAUCAGCCCAUCGAAUUUCAUAUAUAUAUAUGUAUUAACUACGUUAUUGAAUGGUUAUCAUAGCUCUCCUGCCCUUGCCUUUUACUGAUAAAAAAAUAUCACAAUUUUUUUUUUUUUUUUUUUUUUUGUGUCAAAAUUGUUUACCGCUAUUGGCAAGUACAAAAUCUGAGCAGUAAUUGACAGUUGCUACUCAAUCAGUAUUCGAACCGCGCACAUAAAACAAUCUCGUCGGUGUGUUUUAGUAGGAGAAUUUUGGAAACCGUACACAUUUUAAUAAUGAAAUUUCUUAGUCUAUUUUUUAUUGUGUUUUUGGUGAUUUUUGAAGAAUCUCACUCACAAAAUAAUUCCAAUAUCGAUCCGCGCAUUAUAAAUGGCGUAGAAGCGCCUAUAUCGGCAACAAAAUUUCAAGUAUCCAUACGUCUGAAACAAUAUGAUCGGGUAUUCGGGAAUGGACAUAUUUGUGGCGGCUCAUUAAUUGGACCAAAUAAAGUGCUAACAGCCGCGCAUUGCCUGUACAAUUCAGAUAGAAAGCGCUACCGCAAGGCGAAAGAAUUCACGGUGGUCAUGGGCACUCAAAAUCGGUACACCCGUGUAAAUGGCACUAUUGUUUCGGAUGUCAGUUCGAUUACUUACAUGAACUCAUUCAGUCUGGAUACAAUGCUCGACGAUGUUGGCUUAAUGUUCUUAAAGACAGGGCUGCCGGUGAAUCAAACACAUUUGACGAUUGAACCGAUUGUAUUGAGUAAUUCUAGUACCACGGCGGGUACUACGUGUCAGGUGUCAGGUUGGGGUAAAACCUCGUCGGGUUAUCUCUCGAGUAGCCUAAUGAUGGCCAACGUAAGCAUUAUACAGCAAAGCAUAUGUAAGGUCUCUUAUGGCCAGGGACUCACCGGCGGCAUGUUGUGUGCUGGUAGUUUGCUUGGCGGCACUGACUCCUGUCAAGGUGACUCUGGUGGUCCACUCGUAUGUGAUAACGAACUCGUCGGCAUCGUAUCUUGGGGUAAUGGUUGUGCGCAGCCUGGCUUUCCAGGCGUUUACUCAAAUGUCAGCUAUUAUCGUAAUUGGAUUGAUAGCCGCAAUGCUUCGGCGACAUUUGGUACGAAAUUGGGCUUUGUAACGUUAAGUUUGACGCUUGCAACGGGUUUUCUUUUGAAUUGAAAUAAACGAUUUUAUGAUUAUUUUAAGUAGAAUAUAUAUGUAUGAAUGUAUUUAUGUUUUAUA